AACGCGCCUGUCCCACCACGAUUCAAGUUUUGCCCGCGUAGUAGUUACCAUCACGCGAACGGGUGACGUCAGCGUGCUCCAUCUCAAUGCUCCGCAUCAAAACUGCUGCACCUCAAACCACCAACAUGGCAUAAACCCACAUUGGCCCUGGCUUGUCUCUAGACACCAGUGAUUACACCAAGCCAUUCACACGUAAUCCAUCAAUCGCUACAAACCACCCACAAUGGCCGACGACGAAAAGAAAGAGCCCUCGGUCAGCGAACUGAAGGAGAUAGCCUCCAACGCCGACGCGCCCGAAGACAAACUCCAAGCAGCCGCCGCCCAAGCUGAAGCCGCCUUGUCUUCCUACAAAACCGCCUCGUCUCUGCGCGAAGCCGCAAACGCCAUCCGCAACCCGGCCAAGCGCGAGAAAUACCUGCGCGAUGCGUACAACAAGGAGGUCGAGGCCCACGGCAACAGCAAGAAGGCGCGCAUGCUGCAGUCGGGCGCGUUUCAGGGGACUGUUGGCGGUGCGGGGAUCGGUGCUGUUGUUGCGGGGGGCUUGGGGACGGUGGUUGGCACGGUAGUGGGGACUGUGACGGCGGUGCCGGCUACGGCUGUCGGGGGUUUGGUUGGGGCGGGCGUGGGGUUGGGACAUGGGAGUUGGAUUAAGUUGGGGAAGGUGGGGGAGGGGAAGGAUAAGGACGGGAAAAAUAAGAAGGGAAAGGGUGAAGGAAAGGAAGCAGAGAGUAGCAAUGAGAACAAGGAGAAUGAACGUGGUGAGGAGGAUCAAGAGGGACAACAGGGAGAAGAGGUGGAUGUUGAGGAUGCGGUGCCGAAUCCUGAGCUGUUGAGGCAGGCUGCUGCGGAUAUCAAGAGGGAGAGGGAGAGAGGAAGCCUGGAAUCAGAGGAAGGUGCGGAGGAGAAGAAAGAGCGGAGGAAGCCGAGGAAGCUGAACAGGCAGGAGAGCGGGCAGGAGAGCGGGCAAGAGCAGGGGCAUCUGGAAGAACAAAAGACAGAGAAGAAGAAGCCCAGAAAGAUUGAAGUACGAAGCAAGCAGGAGGCAGCAGCAGCAGCAGCAUAAUAGCGCCUCGAAGAUCAUUUUGUCUAAGCGAUUACGUCUAUCAAAUUCCUGCAUAUAGCGAUGCAUUCUAUCACGAAUCUUUUCUACGCCCAAUCUAUUCCAGCCCUGUAUAUCUCUAGCGUCGAGACACCACACGAUACUAUAAAUAUUGUGAACCUCUUACGCCUCAUCAUCGCCAUUCAAGGGAAACAUCGCAAAAUCAUCCAUCCAAAUUUGCACAGCUGCCUCCGCAUGCUGCUUCUCGACCUCUCCUAACAGUCCGUCUGGCGGCAUCUCAGGAUCCAACCCCUUCCAGAGCUCAGUCUUCAGCACCU